AUGGGUACCAUAAACCCGGAUCACGAGCGACAGUUUGACGGACCUCUGCAACUAUCCGGUGCUCUUGAUAAAUACGAAUCUUUCGAAGUCACUCCACUUCUCGGGACCGAGUUUCCCAAUGCUAGCCUCAGGUCCUGGUUUGAGUCCCCAGACUCCGACGUACUGAUGAGGGAAUUGGCAAUCACAAUCUCGCAGCGUGGUGUCGUCUUUUUUCGAAAACAAGACGACCUGACCGAUGACCUCCAAAAAUGUAUCGUCCAGCGACUUGGAGAGUUGACCGGGAAGCCAAAAACAUCCAAGCUGCAUAUUCAUCCAUUCUUCUACUCUGCACUGCCAUUGGGAACUGAUGAUGACGAAUUAAAUUUUAUCAGCGCCAAACAAGAUGCCAUGGCAUAUGGGAAACCAGAAAGAUUUACCAAGAGACAGAGUGCUCGGUGGGAAUGGCACACGGACACCCCUCAGGAAGUUAUACCUUCCGAUUAUUCUAUGUUGCGCCUGGUGGAAUUACCAAAAGGUGGAGGUGGAGACACCCUCUGGGCCUCUGGAUACGAGAUCUACGAUCGUAUAUCCAAGCCAUACCAGCAGUUCCUUGAGGGGCUUACUGCUACCUUAUCGGAGCCCAAAUACGAGUCCUUGGCCAAGAAGUUGAACCAUUCGCUCCAUCCCGGACCUCGCGGAUCACCGGAGAACGUCAAGUUGACGCCGGUGGUUCAUCCAGUAGUUCGAACCAAUCCAGUGACAGGGUGGAAGAGCCUAUUUACCGUCGGGCACAGCGUGAAGAAAAUUAAUGGCUUAACGGCGAACGAGAGCGAGAAUCUGCUCAGGUGGUUUACACAGUUGAUCAUGGAAAAUCACGACCUUCAAUUGCGACAUAGGUGGGUGAGUCCGAAUGAUGUUGCCAUCUGGGAUAAUCGUUGCGUCUUUCAUGCGGCUACUAAAGACAUCGAUGUGGAUGAUGACCGAGCCGGUCACAGGGUUUCGGGGAUUGGUGAACGUCCGUAUCUUGACCCUAAGAGUCUCAGUCGACGGGAAGCGCUUGGCCUUCUUUGA